AAGCGCCGCGAAUGUGAACGAGAGCGUGGUGAGCCGAGCGGGACCGAGCGGGGCCGGACGGGGCCGAGUCUCGCGGAACAGCUGUUGCGCCGUACUGAUUUUUCGUCGCGACGAGAACGCCGGUUCUAAACUCCGUGGUUAUUUGAGCGAGUAAGUACGUGACACGCGUCAGUCGAAAUGCAACGAAUCGUUCUUACCUUUCUCUUGGCUCUAACAUUAUUUCUCGAUGAGGCGACGUUAGAAAAUACGACAACGCACAACGAGUCUGCUUCGGAUAGUGUUGGAAUUACAGUAUCUUUAUGGAAUCAUAAUAAGAAUGACGCAUUCAAGCAACGAAUAAAUUUAGUUCCAUUCAAUCAUUUAAACAUAACUGUGACAGAUAUUCCAUCAGAUAUUUGGUUUAUUAUAUUACAAAUUCAUACAUUUCAAUAUAAUGCUACGAUAGCUUACAAUAAUGAGUUGCUUGAUAAAGAAUCAAGCAGAAGUCUAUUUGGAUCCAACAUUGGUUUGUACUUAAAAACACAUAAUGUAACAACCCCACUACAGGUAUUUUUGAAGCACAAUAAUGUAUACAACCUCGAUGCAUUACUCGUGAUUGUCGCGUACGAUCAAAAUGCACCGAUACCGGGUGGCUGCAACAUGGAAUUCGAUAUUGAGGUUGCACCGUAUCAAAAGCUGCAUAUAGAAAAUGAAAUGAUAAUAGUCGAUAGCCAGCCAGCUUCGAUACUCGCUAACAGGUCCCUGAUUUUUUGCGAAAUAAAUCCGAUGCAACACAAAAUGUACCGUCUUUAUCUGCCUAGGCAAGAUUUUACUCCGGAAACAUACUUCGAGGCGAUCGCGAGUAUGCUGACUACGCAAAACAUUUUGCAGAAUGGCGACGAGGUGCCGCUUGCUCUUAUGAAGACCCUUAUGAGACAUAUUUACAGUGCAUAUACUGGUACAGGAUCUGUUUAUGCCGUAAUUGCUACUUAUGGCAAUUAUUCUUCAGCUUACAUUCCGAUUUUUACAUAUGCUUGCAGUCCAUUAGUAUAUCCGGAGACUUGUCAAAUUUUAAAUGACACGUUCGCAAAGAUGAUUUGCGCAUUGGUUCUAAUCAUAGGAUUUCUUUCAAUUAUUAUCGGACAUAAAUAUGCUUCCACAGAUCGUUUAAUAUCGAGUUGUAUGAUGGGUGGUAUUUUUGGAUACAUUCUAGCAAUAAGCAUUAAUGACUACAACACUGCAAUUAACAUGCUGAUAGGUUCAAUAUCUGCCAUUCUUGCCGUAGCCUUAACGUAUCCAUUAGAUUCAAUUUCCAACUGUACGUUCCUGUACAAUUUACCAUUAGGAUUUCUGUGUUCAUGCAUCGCAUACCUCUACGCUCCAGCAUGGAUGUUUUAUAUCCUGGAAAAUAAUUUGUUAUUCUGGCUUAUGUUCGCAAGCUUAAUGGUUACGAUUGCUAUACUUUUGUCACAGAUGCCUUAUAUCGCGAAAAUACUCACGCGAGUCGUUUUUGGGUCUUAUUUCAUGAUUAUCGCUAUUGAUUAUUAUACGGGAAGUAAUUUAAAGUAUAUUAUUCUUACUUUUAUCAGAAGAAUCACUAUAUCUGAAUUUCGCUUAGCAUUUGUAUAUCCACCGUAUCAAGAUGCAGAUGUAACUUUGACAAUUAUCUGGUCUAUGCUGAUAAUAACACAGUUUAUUAUACAAGGGUGCGCCAAAUGGUGUAAUAAAAAUAUGUGUUGUGGUAGAAUCUGGGAUGCACACAAUAUAUUAUUGAUUAUACGAAGCACCAAACUAUGGAAUAGAAGAAUAUCUGUAGAAUCUACAGAGGAUUAUACAGAAAGAUAUUUUUUUGCAAAACAAAGAGAAAAAUCUUACAUAUGAUAUUAUCGGUCAAAUAAUCAAUAUGGUAUAUAACAGCAUAUACAUCAAUUGUUUAUAUAAACUAU